UUUAAUAUUAAUUUACUGCUAAACAGCGUUUGAGCAUCUCUCUCAUAGUGGGCCGCUGGUGUCUACAUUACUAAACAGCUAAAUGAUGUGAGUGCCGGUGCCUUUUUCGUUCCUCCUCCUACAAAGUGAAGUCGAUCGAAACUGAACCAUUUCGGAGAGACUGUAAUGUUACAAGAAACUUCACCCCAGAUCAACAUCUACUCAACAGCACCCGGACAGAUCUAACAACAUGGGAGGCCUGUUCUCCGGAUCACAAGCAUGCCAGGCGUAUACCGACGCCACUGCCUUCCAGAUAAUUUAUGAUGCAAUUACAUCAAAUCGUGUUGUGAUCUUUUCCAAAACAACAUGCCCUUACUGUGAUAUUGUAAAGAACAUAUUUACAGAAUUGGGCAUUCCUUACAGAGCAAUUGAAUUAGAUCUCCGGCGUGAUGGCGUGCAUCUCCAGCGUAUUCUUAUAGAAAUGACCGGCAUAAAAACAGUCCCAAAAGUGUUUAUAAAUGGAACAUGCAUUGGUGGUGGGGCGGACACGGUUUUACUCCAUUCCAAAGGUGCCUCCGCCGAAUCAAAAGAACAUGGCAGCAUACAGUGGAUGAACUUCUCCAUCGAUAACUACUAGGAACUAAUAAAACUGUGUAUAAUACAGUAGUAUUGGUAAUGUUCUAAUUUGUUCUGUAUUUUUUUAAAUACAUAUACUGGUACUCAGUUAAACAGUAGUUUGUCUUUUUUAACUAUUUCCAUGAAACUUCGGCUAAUUGGAGCAGCUGCUUAAUUGGGCCAAAUGUAUUGGUCCCAAAGUGUCCUAAUUAACUGGAAUCCA